AAUAAGGUUUUACCGCUUUAUAAAAGUCAUAACAUUAACCAUGAACCCGCACAAUAAGUUUGAAGAUAUGGUUUUAAAGCAAUGGUUGAUCAGGGAUGACGCACUUUUCCAAGCAUGUGGGUUUUGUCUAGUUGCGGCAUCUGAUGACCAAUCGGUGUUUAUCACUUGGGACAAGUAUUAUUUGCUAAACAUACGCUUUAAGAUGCCAGAGGACAGCUGCAGGAUAAAAAUGACUGCUGUGCGAAUUCCUGUGCCCAAAAGUGAUGGAGGCUAUAUUAGGAGUGUGCAUGCUAUGAGGCAUAACACGAUUUUGCAUAUGUCGAAUGGGGAGUUAUACAGCUUUACCUCAUUUAAAGCCCUGAGUCUUAUAAAAUGGCUCAGUGCAGUUCGUUGUUUAGCUAUAGUGGAUGUGGGAUUCAGCGUGAUUCGAAUAGAAAGUCGCCGACUGCUUCUGCAGACGUAUGUUGAUCUUCCUGAUUGGGAAAAGGACAAGUGUACACUGCAACAUACAUUUGACAUAACUUUUGACCAGGAGAACCUAUUUCAGAGCGACUGGCAGCAUAAUGAAUACACCUUGACAACUUUAAAAGUGACCGAAAAGGAAGAAGAGUUCGUGCGAAGUCUUUUUGGCACACACGCGGCAGAACAAAAUUAUGUUCACAUAUUCAGCAUAGGUGGACAUGUAUUUGCGUUGGCCUAUAAUCUUAAAACAAGAUCAGAUGGUACCGGUCCUGACUAUAAUAUCGAGCUUCUGUGCAUAUAUGCAGCGCACGUUAAAUUCAUCAAAUUGCUGCCAAUCGAGAACCUUUGUUUGAUUUUUCUCAGCUCUGGCAGUAUAGACAUUUGGUACACGUCCAGGCUCCUUUCUAUAAAACAGCGUCAAAUUUUUCACACAGGUUCUGAAUGGCUGGACUACGAUGCAACAAGUGGCAAUGGCGACGUCUAUUACACAGACGGGAACCAGCUGGUGCGACUGCGAUUCAAGUACAACGCCCAGCUUGACGAGUGUUUUGUCUACACCUUGACGAAGCCAGUCUCCGGGAUAUACGGAUGUUGUUGGAUAGACCAAAAAGAAGAAUUGUUCUGCCUGAGCGACAACAACACACUUUAUUGCAUUGCUUUCGGGAUGUCCGAAAUGAAUGAUCAAACGCUGAGAAAUUCAACGCCGAGCCUUGCAACAUCAUCUUUAAUGAGACUGCAGCACAAUGCCGAAGCCUUGCAGGAAUAUAAAAAACAUCCCGAUUCAGUUAGGCAAAAAUUAUAUAAGGAGUAUAAGCAACAGCAGCUUAUAUCUAUGAUUAAAAAUAUCCGGAGAGUUAACGCGCCCAUUAAAACGUCACUGGAAUACCACCUUCAAGUACCUUUUGAUAUUGUCAGGGACAAUGUUCUUCUGCAGGCAGCGCAGAGUCUAGAUCUAGAUCAAAAAAGUUCUAUAUACGCUGUGCUUAACGUCAGACUUAUCGAUAGCCGGCCCCUGUUGCAGAGGACAUUUUGGAAGCUUUUGACAUACUAUGACAACCGCAUCAACGUCCUCCUACUGCCAACAGAAAUAGUUGUUAAUAAAAAAUGUUGCAUGGUUGUAGCGUUAAGUAAAAUGAAAAACGAGCAUCUGCCUCAUUUUAAAAUGCAGCUUCUGCAACUUGUGGAACUUAAUCAGCAAUCGUGUGCUGUAAUUUUUCAGGUGCCGGUGGAAAGUAGUGGAAAUUCAUUCCGAGCUAUUUUCAGUAGAAGAAUAGUACCUGCGAAAUACACGUCGAACAAUGAGCAAUUGAUGCAAAGGAAGCCAAAUAUAUCAAAAAUCAGGCAGGCUAGCAGUCUUCGAAGUCAAUUCACUUUUUGCCAUAUAGCGGAUCUAUUUUGCAAUGCCGUUUCCAUUAACAAUGACUAUUGCAAAUUGCAUUUUAUAGACGAAAAGUUGCACUUCCAUUUAAAUGGAAUGCUGGAAAGUAAAGAUGCUUCAGCGAUUUACUAUUUUAAGCAACAUAUUAUUCUAAACUCGGAUCAACUGGAACCUGCAUCCAAAGAAUAUAACAUGACCUUUCAUUCAAUAAUGAGCGACGUUGACCGAUUUCGGUACCGACAAUGUAACGACAUUUUGGCCUGUGGAACAAAUUUUGCCAAUUUAAAGUCAAAAUAUAAAAUCAUUAGAAAUGACAUUUAUUAAGAAUUUUGGGUACAUCGAAACUAUUCAAAAAUCGUUUACAUUCACUUUACUGUUUUAUACACCAUAGUUAAAUAAACUAAAUCUAAGUCUAGUAAUCUAAAUCUGAACAACGUUCCAAGGCUUGUACGUGUGAUAUUUUAGACACCAGACCCAGAUGCAAAGUUUGUCAUUGUAUAAUUUUCUUUUCUGCAUUUUCCCAUCAGAACUAAGCCAUGUGAUUUUCGAGGAAAUAGCGCAAACAUUGUUGUUGUCUGAACUUUAGAUGAUAAAUCAAUCGACCAGCUGCAAGAUAAACAUGUUGUACAAGAAAAAAAUAAUGAGUAUAUAUGGUUAGGUCUGAAACAAAUAAAAUAUUCUUAAUAUGUUUUUACUUUACCUACGAG